UUCUUCUUUUCAUCUGACCGCAAUCUCUCCUGCUGCAGUUUGAGGAAAGGAUCCAAACUCAGGAAAGAAGUGGGGUCUACCCUCUUAGCAGCCAUGUCCCACGUGGAACAGAAGGAGGAUGAAGAGAAAAGACCUCAGCUGGCAAGGGAGGAUUCAGAACAGGAGACACUGGUGAGCCGAAUCACUGGCCUGCCCCUGGUCAGCUCCACGUACGACCUGGUGUCGGCGGCCUACAGCGCUCACAAGGAGCAGCACCCAUAUCUGCACUCCGUCUGCGGGGUGGCCGAGCGGGGGGUCCUGGGCCUAGCAGCCGUUGCGGUCAGCAGUGCCCAGCCUCUUCUCACCCGACUGGAGCCACAGAUUGCCACAGCAAAUGAGUACGCCUGCAGGGGGCUAGACAAGCUAGAAGAAAAACUCCCCUUCCUGCACCAGCCCUCCGAGAAGGUGGUGAGCUCGGCCCGGGGUGCGGUGUCCAGCGGGGUGAGCGGCAUGGUGGACCUGGCCCGGCGUGGCCGGCGCUGGAGCGUGGAGCUGACCAGCGCGGUGGUGGCCGGAGGGGUGGACGCCGCUCUGGGCACCCGCGUUGGCCGGAUGGUGACAGAAGGGGUGGGAGCCGUGCUGGGCCGGUCCGAGGAGCUCCUGGACCACCUGCUGCCCCUGAGCGACGAGGAGCUCGCUAAGCUGGCCGAGGCCGCAGGUGGGCCAACGGUGACCUCGUUGGAGGAGCAGCGGCGGCACCAGACCUACUUUGUGCGGCUCGGCUCCCUGUCUGCUCGGCUGCGCCAGCGCGUGUACCAACACUCGCUGGGCAAACUGCGGCUCAGUAAAGACAGAGUCCAGGAGGCCCUGGCUCAGCUGCAUGAAACCCUGGAGCUGAUUGAGUACGUGAAGCAGGGGGUGGACCACACGUUCCACAACAGCCAGAGCAAGCUGCACCAGCUGUGGCAGGACUGGAGCCACAGCCGGCAGGAGGACGAGCGCGACGGUGGGCUCCGGAGGCUGCAGGCCGAGUCCCAGACUCUGGCCCUGUCCUGUGAGCUGACCAUGGAGCUGCAGGCCAAAUGCGAGACCCUGGUGUCCAGCAUCCACGGGCUGCCCCCAGCCAUCCAGGACAAGGUGCGGGAAGUGCGGCAAAACGUGGAGGAUCUGCACGCGGCCUUCUCGGCCGCCCAGUCCUUCCACGACCUGUCGGGAGCGGUGUUGGCCCAAGGGCGGGGCCAGGUGACCCAGGCCCACGAGUCCGUGGACGAGCUGGUGGACUACGUGAUGCAGAACAUCCCCUUACCCUGGCUGGUGGGGCCUUUUGCCCCGCACCUCAUCGAGCGGCCCUGCACCCCUCAGAACCUGGCUCAGCAGGUCGAUGAGGUGGUGCCCGGCCGCCGCCCCAGCAUACUGGAUGGGGACCGCUGGGCUGGCAUGGGGUGGCAGGCUCAGGUGGAGGUGUGGGAGGAGGAGCGGGGGCUGCCAUCCCAGGAGAAGAAGGGGGAGGAAGAGGAGAAGAGCGCAGCAGCAGCAGCCACGUUAACUCUGUUUCCUCUCUUUGAUUGCUUCUUCAUCUGA